UACGAUUGUUCGGUCUUAAGACCUCCACUUUGUAUUUAGUCUGUUUUCGGUUUUUAUUGGAGUUUUGUUUGGUUAAUAGACAUCGCAAAAUAAUGAAAGACAGGAGAAAUGCACAGCCGCUGGUGGUCAGAUGUAAACUGGUGCUUGUUGGGGAUGUUCAGUGCGGGAAAACUGCGAUGUUACAGGUCUUGGCGAAGGAUUGUUAUCCAGAGACAUACGUGCCCACAGUGUUUGAGAACUACACAGCCUGUCUGGAGCUUGACGACCAGCGUGUAGAACUGAGUUUAUGGGAUACAUCAGGAUCUCCAUACUAUGAUAACGUGAGGCCCCUCUGCUACAGUGACUCUGAUGCAGUGCUCCUCUGUUUCGACAUCAGUCGCCCAGAUAUCUUUGACAGUGGACUUAAGAAGUGGAGGACUGAGAUCCUUGAUUUCUGCCCCAGCACACGUAUUCUUCUGAUUGGUUGCAAGACAGACCUUCGCACGGAUGUCUGCACACUGAUGGAGCUGUCAAAUCAGAAACAAACACCCAUCACUCAUGAGCAGGGUUCUGCCAUGGCUAAACAGUUGGGCGCAGAGGCUUAUUUGGAGUGCUCGGCCUUCACCUCUGAGAAGAGCAUCCACAGUGUGUUCCGCACAGCUGCACUGGCCUGCAUCAACAAGCUGCAGCCAUUGGCCAAGCCAAGCCCAAACCGUCGGCUGUCUAAACGCCUGCUUCACCUGUCCAGCAAGUCCGAGCUCCUCUCCUCCACCUUCAAGAAGGAAAAAGCUAAGAGUUGCUCCAUAAUGUGAGUGGAGAUCUCCACGUCCCCCCUAAAAAGCUACAUCAUUCCCUGCGCUUUGGUCUGGGGAAGGGGGGUGGGUUCUGAUUGCCACAUCAUUGAAGUAUGGAAUCCUUCCUCACCCCCCAAAGAAACACCUUUCAGAACAAGUGGACACCCUGCUGUCCUCCUUGUCCUGAGGUCUUUAACAGUGCAUAUCUGUUUUCAGUACUGUAUCUUGCGUUUUCAAUAAGGUUCAGUCAUUGGCUGUCAUCUAUUCACUCCUUGAGAAUUGCUGUUGCGCCAGUAUUAUUGUGGCAGCUUGGAAUGAUUCAAUUUAGUCUAUUGGAAACAAAUGUUUUAAAAUUUCCAAUAAUGUUUUGUACAAUAUAAACCUUUUUGAUCUAUUCAAUGUAAAAUUAAAUAAAAUAGGACAUCUCUAAUGUCAGGUGUAUCCGAUAUUCAAAAUUAAACAUCCAAUACAUGCUUACAGUAUGCACUAAGGACUAUAGCUGAGGGAAUAGCUCCAGGCAAUAGGCCAUUGUGGAGCUGUGCACAAGGCCCAGGUAAUGUAGAGAAGGCUGCAUCAGGCACUAAUGCUCAUUUGGCAUUGUCAUGCUAGAAGUGAUGGGAUUUUUAAUUGGGAGCCACAUGCUCAAGAAAAGAUGGACUAAUAGAGACAUUAGAGCAGAAGCAACAAGAUGAGGGCCAAAAAUCUUUGUAAAAAGGACAAUUUAAGAGGUUACCAAAGUCAUUUUUCCAAUCCCUUAUUCCCUCUGCUGGAAUACUCUCUGAUAUAUAUAUACAAGCUUCUAUUUUUAGAGGUAAUAACUAUGUGAGAGAGAGGAGGGGUGUGACACAUUAAAGUGAUUAUCUGUAUCUACAAUUCCUGCUGCUCUGUAGUGUAGGCAACCAAGAAUCUGUGAACCGAUAACUGGGGGAGUUCUGUGAGGAAUUGGUUGGAUUGAAUUUAGCAUGAUUAAUGUUCUUUUGUUCUUGAAAAUGACCUCCAGAGAGUUGUUGUAGCACUAUGAUGAUGUUUUCAUGAUAUCAACAAGAUCAAAGAUUUUAAAAUGUAAGCAGAAAUGGUUCUAAUUGAAAUCAUUCUUAUCAAAUCACUUGAUUUAGGUUCAGACCAGCUUACAUUUGUUCAGUUAGUCAUGCAAAUACAUUUAAAUGUAGCAUUCGAUCAUCCAACAAUAUCCAUGCUCAUGCAUUGACCUCCUUCGCAGCAGAAAUAUUUGUUUCAACAUUUUGGACUGAAUUUUAUUUACAUUUAUCCAAAUGCAUUCAGUGCGUUAAAGAUGCUUUUUUUUCUGAACAUGCUUUUCCUGUAGCAAGUGUAGCUUGCACCAUGCUCUCCAGUUGAGCUACAGGCACAAAUCUUAAAGCUUCAUGUUUUUUAGUGAAAGUGCUAAUCUUGAAGUCUGCUGUUCACCACAAAGCAAUAAUUAUGGUUUUGAGUGCUUAACAUGCAAAUUAUGUCAAGUGACAAAAAAAAAAUGAAAAGGCCUACAGUAAAUAAAUUCAUGCUACUGCUUUGUGGACAUGCGUAUAUGUAUGUGGAUUUGCAUCGCUGCUGUAAAAACAAGCCAGUAUAUUGUGAAUUUGUUGAGAGUUUGAGUAAUUAGUGACCUUUGGGGAUGAGAACCAACCACUGGUGUACAACACAAAUAUAGUUUUUCCUAAUCAACCACACAGGAAUCGUAGUAUUUGGUUUGAGCAAAUUGGAGGUGAAUGCAUUAAGGGCAGUUGGACUGGAAUUAGAUUUAGGCUGGACCAUUUUUACACAUGGAACUGAUGACUUGUGAUUAAGAGCUUUUGAUUAUUAUUUGUGCUUUAUGUAUGUGCAAGGUCAAAAUGAAAAUGGAAACAGACUUUGGGAAUAAAAUGAAACAGGCUGGCCCUGUUUAAUUGCAUAUUUUUCCAUUUUUGGGUUUACAGUUUUUUUUUUUUUUUGUUUUUUUUUUUUAUUUCUGUACACUUAAUCUAUAUUUUCUUAUUUUGUUAAGUCACUAGUGGCAGAAGGGAAGAAGUGGUUUAGGUGGCUAUUUACAAGAUCCUCCACUGUGAUCACAUGCCAAAUUUCUUUGCAUUGCUAAGCAACUGCGUAAAAAGGAAAGCUGGGGAGUAUGAAACGUGUAAGUUUGUCACAUGACAGAUCAGUCUUUGUAGCUGCUGGUUUAAAAUCAGCUUACUUGUCUGAAGAUUCAAAGAUAUUUUUGAGCUCUGGGUUGUACAGUAUAUGAAAUAUGUCUUUCUGGACAUUGUCAUUAAGCUGCCAUUUACACAUCAAGCAUGUCCUUCAGUUUUACAUAAUCUGUUUUGUAAUCUUUGAAUGUCAUUAUAUAAAUAUUUGUUCAUGUUGUGGAUUGACCAAGAUGUGCUUGAUGUAAAUUGCUUAGUCCUAUUUAUUUGGAUCAUCAUUUGAGGUGAUUUUCUGUUUGAGUGUUUUACACCCGAUUUUGUUUCAGAGCAUUCAUUUUGAAACAAUAACAUUCCCUUUCUUUGUCUUUUCAUUAAUAAAGCUUGCCUUUGUGUGGCACAUA